AUGAACGAAAAAGAAGUCGUGUUCCCACAAGCGGAAGAAUUGGACCAUGAAUGGAUGCCAGAUAUUGUAGUUGGUAUUGAUUUUGGGAUGACAUUUACUGGCGUUGCAUAUUCAUGUGCACCUGAAUGGCAUCCUCCAAAAACUAUCCAGCGAUGGCCUGGGAAGCUGCCUGGGGAACUUGCCAAUAAAGUACCUACGUGUAUUCAGUAUGAAGAGGGAACAAAUACAGUCAAAAACUGGGGGUUCAGUUGCGACCAUGACGAGGAUGCAGCAGAUAUUCAAGAGUUCUUCAAACUGCACCUUGCGCCAAACUACCGUGGAAACUACCCUGGCGAGCCGAGCCGUCAGGACGCCCAACGAUGGUUCACAGAUUAUAUUCAGUGUAUCUAUCAGCAUGUUGUCUCUCAUUUCAACGCCACGAUUCCCCAAUUCUCUUGCCGUCAAGUCGAGUUUCUUUUCAGUGUCCCGACGACCUGGAAGGAUGUGCGGAUGGUGGAGGAAACCAGAGCACUACUCAAACGGGCCGUCUGUGCUAAGACACCCGCUCACCAUGUCUCAAUUGGACUUACCGAAGCGGAGGCAGCUGCAGUCUAUGCAGGAAAUGAGCAUUACAAGGAGGGUGAUACCCUGAUUGUCUGUGAUUCGGGUGGUGGGACUACGGACGUAAAUGUCUUAAAGCUGAUAUCACCACUGGGUGAACCAACCCGACUUGAACAGCUUGGACAGGUGGAAGGACAACCCAUCGGCUCUGUCUUCAUCGAUAGGCAUGUGCAUCAAAUUAUUUCUCGGAACUUGGAGGGUAUACGAGACCACCUGCGAUAUUCACCUAGUGAGACUGCGUGGAGGAUUAUCACGGGCCGCUUCCAGCGGUUCAAAUGUGGUUUUGGCAGCGAAGCCACAUCAACGCCAUAUCUCAAGUUGGAUAUUCCUGGUCUGGACCCGGGCUUAGAUUUUCCAGAGGAAAAGAUAUUUGACUCCCAACUGAGCAUUGCAUGGGCGGACAUCCAGCAGGUAUUCGAUACUAAGAUCGACGCUAUUUGUUUCCUACUCGACGAUCACGUGCGCCAAAUGUCGGCUAGGUACCCGUUUGACGAGAUAAAAUAUUUGAUUUUGUCCGGGGGAUUUGGUAGCUCUCAGUAUCUACGAGAGCGCUUAAUACAACAUUAUACGGAAUCAGAAAGCGAUAACAAGUCUAAUACCGGUGGAAUUCAGAUUCUUGUCGCAGAUGAGCCUCAACUUGUUGUUGUACACGGUCUGGUUUUGGACAGGGUCCAGCAACUCAAAAAAGGUGUAAUCACGUUCGGCUCUCGGUGUUCCCCUAUGAGCUAUGGAAUAGUGUGUGAUAAACUAUAUGAUCCUGAAAAGCAUAUUUCAGAGCCCGUUCGACUUGAUCCCCGUGACAAGAAGACGUACGUUGUGGACCAAGUUGACUGGCUUGUGAUUCAGGGAACACCUAUUCCAUAUACUGGAUUGACGAAGCAAUUUCAGGCAAGAGAGCCGCCCCUGGAAGUUUACCCCCCCGAGCAACUACCGCAGAAUCUCAGACAGAAAGGGGCCCACAGUGUCUGUCAUUUGGAUAUCCUCACCGAAGGUGUUGAUAGAAAGUUGAAGAAUCGACACUGGUAUAGCAUAAAGCCAACAUUCUGGCGUACUGUGUUCGACGUGAAGGUGGUUGUUGGGCCCGCCGAUCUUUCAUUUCAACUUUGGUCCAAGGACAAGAGAAUCAGAAGCACUAGUCAUGAACCCAUCGCUGUGAAAUGGAUGCCAGCCAAAGAUCUAGAUUAG